CCCCCCCGGGCACGUUCUCUUUGCCCCUCGCCCUCCUUCGCGCGCCCUCCUCUUGGCAGUCGCGCCCCUGCCUGCCUCAGCAAGGGCAUCGCGUGGGAAUGAACUUCACCUCGAAGCGCUUCUUCUCGCUGACCACGCACCUGGUCAGCUCACUGGUGUUCGCGGUCUUCGUGCUGUUCCUCUGCUCCUUGUACAAGCCGGCGUCGCUCUUCUCCGGGGAACUGGUGACGCCGGCCCCGGCGUCGACCAUGCGCACGGUGAACUUCGCGCCGGCCGGGGUGGCACCCGGCUCCGGGGCGCCCGGCUCCCCUGACUACAGCCAAGGGGUCCCCUUCGAGUUCCGGCUCCGGUCGAUCCAGGCCUCCACCGGGCGUGAGCCCUUCCUCACCCGGUCGAAGGAUGUGGCCGUCGUGCGCUUCGACCUGGACAUCGACUUCACCGGGGUCUUCCAGUGGUGGAAUACCCACAUGGUGUUUGUUUACCUGGUGGCCGAGUUCGAAACCGAUGCCCAGGAAAUCAAUCAUGUCACCAUCUGGGACGACCGGGUUUCUCGCGACGCGCCGCACCUGACCCUGACCAACGCCCGGUCGGAGUACCUCCUGUCUGGCGUGUCCAACUCCCUGCGCGAUCUGGCCAAUGGUCGCCUGGCCCUUCACUGGAAUGUGGUCCCGGUGUUGGGGUCAUUCUCCUACCAGCGGUCGCCGGCUGGGCAUCUGGAGCCGGGCCAGCCGGUUUCCCAUCCCGGGCUCGUGCCCUUCAAAUACUCGACGUGAGGAGGUGGCGCGUGUGCGCCAAAAAGGGGGGGGCAAAAUCCACCCACCCUGCAAAGGCAGCACACCAAUACACACACAGACACACAGACA